AUGUCUUCCGAAAUUUCCAACUCCGCUGUUGCGUAUCAGCAGCAUAUACAACCUGAUGGAACUGGUCAGAUGCAAUUACCAUUUGGUGAAGGUUUUUCUCGUCCUUCAGCUUCUAGUGGAGAAAGUCUAAUCCUGUCCACUGAUGGCUACGAUCUUGAAGAAGAAUUAGCCACGAUCUUGAAUGAAGUCUCACCACGUCUACCCAUGAGCACACAACAAGAAAUGACUAAUGGUGCUGUGCGAAGUUUCACCAUUACUGAAGAGUCAUUACAACGCUCUAUUACACUCUGGGAUAUGUUUUUGGAUGUUUUGGAAGCGACAGAUUCAGACAACGAUAUUGAAGAUGAAGAAAGCGAUGACGACGAUGAAAGAGAAUUCUUUGAAGAUGACACUGUAAACGUAGAUGUCCCUCCAAUUCCGGAACUCUUUCGAGAAACAGCUUUCAUAGCUGUUGAUAUGACUGCGGCUCAAGAAGAAACAUUUAUAGAACAAGUUGUAAAUGAACGACCUAUCUUUCAAUAUUAUGAAAACGAUGAUAGCGACAAAACCAUUCUCACAAACGUAUAUGAUAUUUUGGAUUUUGUUAAAACUUUAGGGGAGGGUGGAGGGCCAGAAUAUUACGGAAGACUGACUUGGCGGAGUACUUGUUUACAAAGUUAUUUAAAUUCUGGUCAAUACAACACAACAAAUACUCGUAUAUGCAUGCCACAACAUACUCGACAAGCAACAGAGUUGAUUUUGAAAUGGUCGAUACCAUAA